AUGUUAGCAAGCCAAUUACCCAGCAUCGCAACCAUGCGCUCCUCUCUGCGAUUGUUGAAUCUGGAGGCCACCCCCCUCCAGGGAUCUCGAACCCGAUAUGUCUGCUCGGUCUGCAGACAAGAGGCGCGCCCACGGCCCUUCGUCGCCCGUCAAUUUCUUCGCAAUGCCUCCGACUCCUCCACCCCGAUCACCGAACGUGUGCGCCGCAAGCUCUGGGGCACCGAUAACCCCCCCGGCUUGAAGGAUCCCUACGGCGGAGAAGGUGUGUUUGAAAAGAAGUUCAAGAGAGGCCAGGCGGCGAGACAGGAGGACCAGGCUGUGGAGGCAACGCCCGCUGAGACGCAGGGUGCUACUGCCGAGACCGCUGCGGAGGAAGCUGUGCCCGAGGGAAGUUCUAGUUACGAGCCGGCGACGACCUGGGCGGGACUUCAGCGUAUUGGACACCUAGGGAAUUGGAGUGAUUACCCUCCUAGUGAGGCUGAUGCAUACAAUUCCUUUUUCUCCAACCGCCGCGCCACGAAGCCUGAACACUUCGCCCUGGCUGCCCACCAAGCCGCCGUUGAAUUGUGCUUGAUGCACUCCCUGGACAAGCCCCUCACCCGUGUUUGCGACGUCGUUGAACACGAGAAGGCAGUUUUUAAUUUGAUUUGGAACUGUAAGAUCCAGCCGAGCAGCCAGUGGAAUUCAGCUCUGGAAUACCCGGAUAAGGAAACGGAGGAAGCGCUUGUCUACAUCUUCCAGCAGAUCGGAGCUCAGGAUGAACCCACCCAACCGGAAGAAGUCGCUGCAGAGGAUGUCGAGAGUGCCGAAACGGAAGAGGUUGAGGAAUUCCAGGCUGCCGGGCCGUCCAAGAAGCUCGCCUUCUUUGGAUAUCCCAAUGUCAAGGACAAGGGCUACCUUUCUUUGUCAUUGGCUGACCCGGCGACAAAGUUCGCUUUCCUGAAACGGUUCUCGCAACUAACCGGCCACUACUUCCCGGACCCUACUAUCGAGUCGAUCAACACAGUCCAGCACGCUAUGAACCAUGCUACUAAGGAGAUGGCACCGAAGCCGAAGAAACUUAUCGACCACCUCGAAGCCAACGAGCAACUUCAAAGCCUACCCAACGUCAAGAUCUUCGGAAAGAAACAGAAGCCGUGGCAUCAUGAUGAGGAGCUUGGACGGAAGAAGAUCAUUGAUGCUGAGCUUCGUGCGAGAGGUCUCAUCGAGUGA